GCGCAGUUAACCGAAUGGCACAAUUACACGGGAUUCCUCUCGUCUCUGGGAGGAUGUUGCGUGAACGAGAAACAGAUAAAAAAUUUAAUUAAUGGAAUUGACGGUAGUACUGGACCACAAGAACAGAGCGACAUGGAAAGGUAUAUUAAUGAAAUGGUUGAUUUACUGGUGUGCGAAUCCACAUAUGUGCGAGAGAGUGUCCGAGAAACUCUGGGAUCCGAGUUGAGUCCAAGAUUAUACAUAAUAUUGUUCCGGCAUCUCGAGUCGAUAGUUAACAGAUUUUUUGAUACCGAUGGUGAAGUAAUUUUUAACGACCGGUAUACGACGUUCGUUGACCAGGCGAUAACGGUGUUAAAACUGAUACUGGAACGAAUACAAGAUUCAACCGAGGAUUUGUGCCCCGUGGAUUUGGGCGAUUUA